GGUGGAACUUUCUAUAAAUGUGAUUAUACUGUUAACAAAAAGAAAAUAAAAAGACUAAUAAUCAGUAAUCAUUAUAAGAAAAAACAUUCUAAAUAUAUGAGUGAUGAAUUGAUUAUUAAGUUUAUUGAAGACUAUCUAGAUGGUCAAAGUUUCCAUGAUGGUGAAAAAGACGGAGAAUGA